AUCACUCAACGCAUUGUCGUAUAUCGCAUAUCCUAACAUAUAUUGCCACGCAGAGUUUCACUUUAGCCAAUGUAAUCAUAACAGCGUGGCAAAACAGAAAAUCAGCGUGGCAAUAACGUAUUAGAGGCUUAGACCCAACCGAAUCCAGUUAUUUACAGUAGACUUGGGGGCACCGGAUGUAUCACGCCAAUCCCUCCCCUUCCUCACCUUGCUCUGUUACCCCUCUUCAGCUCGCUCGUUCUUGUCAGCGAAAGUUCCUCUCACUUGGGCGUGACUUGCAGUCGGAGACUUUAAAAAAAAUGGCCAAGAAGCGAGACCGCCGAGUCGCACCGACUUCUAAUCGCCCUAAAGAACGAGUGGAAUCGUCGACUCAGCAGGAUCAAGUCGACGACUCGGCUUCGUCCAAUCGAAGGCUCAUCAUCAUCUUCGUCUUCUUCUUCAUCGUAUCCCCUGCCAUCUCGGUGCUCGUAUACAGCAUCAAAUUCGCUCCACCACGUACGGAAAGUGGUACGGAUUCGUAUGUAUUCCAACGAGGCCUCAUCAAGCCUGAUAUGGAUUAUUACGAAAUCCUCACUGAACAUACAAAGGUCUCGGAAAAUUCGACUCACCGGCAUUAUACUUAUCCUGUCUUGGCCUAUAUCACACCAUGGAAUUCUAGGGGCUAUGACUUAGCGAAGAGAUUCAACUCCAAGUUUACACAUUUAGCACCUGUAUGGUAUGAUCUUAAAAGUCAAGGAAGCAGCCUAGUUCUUGAAGGCCGACAUAAUGCUGAUAUGGGAUGGAUCUCAGAGCUCCGGAAGACAGGAGAUGCUCGGGUUUUACCUAGAGUUGUUUUGGAAGCAUUUCCGAAGGAGCUGCUUACAAAGAAGAAACAGAGGAAUAAAGCCAUUAACCUUAUUGUAAGCGAGUGCAAGGAAAUGGGAUAUGAUGGUAUUGUGCUAGAAUCUUGGUCAAGGUGGGCAGGCUAUGGAAUUUUGCAUGAUCCUAACAUGCGUAGUUUGGCAUUGCAGUUUAUAAAACAGCUUGGACAUGCACUGCAUUCUGUGAGCUCAGAGAGAUCGUUGCAGCUGAUCUAUGUAAUAGGUCCACCGCAUUCAGAGAAGCUCCAACAGCAUGAUUUUGGACCUGAAGAUCUUAAAAGCUUGGCCGAUGCUGUGGAUGGAUUCUCACUCAUGACAUAUGACUUCUCAAAUCCUCAUAGUCCAGGACCCAAUGCACCUCUGAAGUGGAUUCGUUCCACGCUGCAGCUGCUCCGUGGGACCACCAGCAACAGUGUCAGGACUCUGGGCCGCAAGAUAUUUCUUGGCAUCAAUUUCUAUGGAAAUGAUUUCAUCCUUUCAGGAGAUAGAGGUGGGGGAGCUAUUACUGGAAGAGAUUAUCUCUCAUUGCUGGAGAAGCACAGGCCUAUUUUUCAGUGGGAAAAGAACAGCGGGGAACAUUUCUUUUUUUACUCUGAUGAUGUGGAUAACAGGCAUGCCGUGUUCUAUCCAUCACUGAUGUCCAUUUCUUUGCGGCUAGAGGAAGCACAUAAAUGGGGAUGUGGCAUCUCAAUCUGGGAAAUUGGGCAAGGUUUAGAUUACUUUUUUGAUCUUCUGUAAAAUAGUCCUCAUUUGAUCUCCAUGUCUAACAUCUUGUUCGUAUUGUGAUGAAAUUUUGGCUUUGUUUCUUUUUUGCUACGAACAAAAUUUUGGUUAUUAGAUAAUUUGCUGAGAUCUGUACUCGUAACAUUUGCGCUCGACCUCUAUUUUGUAAGUUAUUUAGUGUAUAUUUUAAAAAAUUGCAUA